GCCGCUCGCGGGGUGGGCUGCAGCCAGCCCACACUGUACGUGCUGCUACCCCGCGAGCGGCUGCUCGCGCAAGGCUUCCACACCACGUGGCGUCGGGCCCUCGCCAUAGGGUUCGCCUUCUCUUUCUUGGGCGACACAAGGCUGCUGGAGUGGGCCCUCGAGUCGCCCAUUCUGGCCGCCAACGCGAGUCACCCUCUCUCGCGCAACGAGCAUAUCUCCCCGAGGCUGAGCUUUACUGAGUGCGUUGGCCUGUCUAUGAGCUCGGUGCACAAUUGGAGUCGGAUGUACCGCAACACGGGCGGAGGCCAGGGCGAAGUCGUACUGAUGUUGAUGAGGCUUUAUCCGUUAAAAAGCGACAUGAGGUGGAUCUAUGUUCGGCCAGACCGAAGUUUGGGCUCCGUCGACAUCGAGGAUCGGGCGAGGAUCACCGCCGAACGACAGCCGAACGCCACCUACGCCCACUUCCCCGCCCUGUCCGCCGAGGAGAAGACGGCGGCGAUCGAGGCGGGCACCGAGAAGCAGCUCAGUAUGGAGUUUGGCCUCGUCUUUUUCGCCUGGAGAGCCGCGCUGUACUUCAGGGCCUGGCAUUGGGCCAAGUGGGCGGUGGAGAAGCUGGACGACUCGCACACAUUCCUGAUGGAGCUGGACGGCUUCAGGGCCUACCUGUGCGACCUCUACCAGGACGGUCGGCUGGAGUUGCCGAUGUUGCUCUUCUCCUUCCUGAUGGCUUCCACCCCCGUGUUCUGGAGUUGGUGCUGCCGCCGUGGCUUGCCCAGGCUUGGCGGCGCCAGCCCUCCAGGGAGCGAUGUGGACAGCAAUGGGGAGGCCGGGCAUUCGGUUCACGAGUCGGACUCGGAGUCGGAGGGAAGCAAGGAAGUCUCGGAUAUAAGGUCUCGGCGGAGAAGGUUGGUGAACAUCGGGCCGCUGCGCGAGUCCUUGAAGGAUCUCAGGGUGCGCCUGAUGGAGAAAUUGACAAAGCUGAAAUCGGCCCCGACGUUCGAGCUGCCCCCAGGGCUGACGGCCCGCGUCGCCCCCGACCUCUCAGUCCAGACCUACGGCAAGUAUGGCAGCAUGGGCAAGUUCGCGACGGACUGGGCCAAUCAGAGGGAGCUCUACAAUAAUCUCAUCGGCCACGAGAUGCUCUUACACUGCCUGACCUUGGAUCGCAUGCUGGGGGCGUCCCCCGACUUCCUCGCGACAGCAGGCUGCGAGAUCCUGCGUUCGAGGGUCUAUGCGCUGAAGCGGGCCUUCGAGGAUCUACGCCCGAUGUCCGACUUGAAGCAGCCCCGCGGUGCAUCAGCCAACAAGUGGAAGUCGAAGGAUCUCGCCGCGCGGCCGCAGCAGAAGGCGCCGUUCCAGAAGUACCUGCACAAGGCAGGCUCCGAGGGCGCCAAGGUGGAGGAGGAGGGCUGA